AUGCGUCGAGUAGCAUUAAGAGCACUUCGCACUGCGCGACAAUUACCUGCUCUUUAUAGCACUCGUGGAAGCAUAUUUCAACCUUCAAGCCAUGUUUUAAGAGUACGAUAUUCUUCCGGUAGAGCUCCUAUUCCCAAAUCACCAUCAUCAUCACCAAUACCACUACAGAGUUCUGUCAUCCCAGCACCGAUGCAUUGGCGAAGGCUCUCCCUGGCCGUUGUUUCAGGUUUCGUUGGAUAUGGCGCAUGGUACACAUACAACGGAGACGGAAUUCUCACUAAAGAAGCCAAUCCAAUUUCACCCGCACACCAAUCCCGCGGCUUUGCAACUAACACCAUCUAUCCAGCACCGAUCGGGCCCGAGGAGACCGCGGAUGCAAGGAAGGCUGUAAUUGUCGGCACAGAUGGUCUUUAUACUGACACGAUUGAAGGUCCAAUUUCAAAGGAUACCGACGAUUCUGGCAGAAAGGUUUUAGAAAUGUUGACGCCAGAUCAAGCGACGUCAAAAUUAAGAAGAAAUGAGGAAUCAUAUUUCAUCGGUCGUGGCAAAGGUGUUGUGCGAUAUGAUGUGGUCCAAAUUCCUAGCAACGACCCUAUCGAAGACGAUCAUUCUGAAAAGAUUAUUGAAACCAAUGAAGCAAUUGGUGGAACCCCAAAUUCUGCUUCGGAUUGGAUGUUCUGGGGUGUAUUUGAUGGGCAUGCAGGCUGGACCACUUCUGCGAAAUUACGACAAGUAUUGAUCAACUACGUCGCUAGGGAACUCAAUACUACCUACCAAGCAUCCCCAAAUCCUUCCACAGAAGCCAUUGAAGGCGCAAUGAAGACCGCUUUCACCCGACUUGAUAAUGAGAUUGUACAUGAAAGCGCGCAGAAAGUAAUGAAGGGUAAUUCAAAAUUAGUCGCAGCAGAGUUGUUGGCCCCAGCAUUUUCGGGUUCUUGCGCGCUCCUUUCCUUCUACGAUACAAACACGGGGCUCUUGCGCGUAGCAUGCACAGGAGACUCCCGCGCAAUCCUGGGACGACGAAGUGAUAGUGGGAAAUGGGCUGCGGCAGCUUUAUCGGUCGAUCAAACUGGCAGAAAUCAAGAUGAAGAGGCUAGAAUGCGAAAGCUACAUCCUGGAGAAGACCACGUCAUUAAAAACGGUAGAGUUCUAGGGGGUCUGGAGCCAACUCGCGCAUUUGGUGAUGCAACUUACAAAUGGACACGCCAAGUCUCAGAGCAACUAAAGGAAUCCUUCUUUGGAAGAACCCCAUCUAACCUUCUCAAAACACCCCCAUACGUUACUGCGGAACCCGUCGUCACGACCACCAAGAUUCAACCCGAGAGGGGAGACUUUGUUGUAAUGGCAACAGAUGGACUUUGGGAGAUGCUAUCUAAUGAAGAAGUGGUUGGUUUGGUUGGUCAAUGGAUUGAUAAACAUUCAUCCGAUUCGAACGGAAACUCCGCGAAUUCAUGGACAAAGAUGUUCACCGCUACUCAAAAGGGAUUACCGGUAGAGAUAAGUAAGGAGAACGGUAACAGUGGUCAGAAAGCCCCAAUUCGACAACGUCAAUGGGGUGUUAAGGAGAAUGAUAGAUUUGUUGUGGAGGACAAAAAUGUAGCCACACAUUUGGUCCGAAAUGCAUUGGGUGGAAAAGACAAGGACAUGGUUUGCGCGUUAUUGUCACUACCUGCUCCAUAUUCUAGAAGAUAUCGAGAUGAUCUCACAGUUGAAGUUAUCUUCUUCGGCAAUGGUCCAAAAUCCGGCGAUGUCAUCGUCAAUAAGGAAGCGAGCGCGAGCGCAAAUAUCAAGCCUAAACUUUAA